AUGGAUCACACUGUGCCCGCUAAGUUGACUAUUGAAGCCAUACUGGUCUACAGAAAGCCUAAAACACUAUCAGAAGCCAACUUCCUCCCGGUUGAACGCUUGAAGGUGGCUGCAUCCCACCUCCUCGACUAUUACCCGCAUUUAACCGGCCGUCUGCAGCAGAAUCCAGCCAGCCAAGCUCCGGAGAUUGGUAGACUGGGUACUGGCGCUGAACUUUGGGAGGCACAGUGCGCGAGAAGACUCGCUAGCAUCGCGCUGUCUGCUCUUUCAGCCCGUGUCUUGGUAUUUAAUCUGCCAGACUCUGGGAAUGCACUUCUUCCAAUUUUUUAUUCAACAACGGGAUCUGUCUCACAAAAUCCCAUCUUUGCCAUCCAACACACCCGGUUCGGCUGUGGAGGGGUCGCACUAGGGAUUCGAGUUCAUCAUCAGGUCUGCGAUGCCACUGGGUUCAUGCAGCUCGUGCGCGAUCUCGCUGAGAUCUACAAACAAUUACGCGAUUCCUCUCCACCAACACUCAUCGCCCCCCCGGAGAUAUACUCACAAUUUCGGGGAACGAACAGCCCAUCGGCCAGCCAGAAGGAGAAAGCCCUUGCGUUCAACCCUUUGAAUUUUUGCCUGGAUCAAAACACCACGGUUAUGCCAGAGACUUCUACACCCUCCUCCGUAUACACUUGUCCUCUGCGUUUCCACGGUUCAGAUUUGAUUUCACUCCAAGGUGCUGCAAGCAACCCCAACGCCCAGGGACAGAGUCCACUCACCAGAUUCGAGCUCGUCUCAGCCUAUCUGUACCAAAAAAUUUACCAAGCCAGAAUUCAAGUUCUACGUGACAAGGGACUCGAACCAGACCCCGACGCGCUGCAGUCACUUCGCGAUUUCUGGACGACUAUGGACAUGCGUGACCCCACCCGUCUGAAGCUCCCCGCACGCUACUUUCCAAACGCCGUGCACUGCCCCUCGACUUCUGCCUCCCACGAAUUGCUCGAAAGGGGUCCGCUCUGGCAGAUUGCACAGAUUAUUCACGAUGCAAUCCACUCUGUUAAUAUGGAGGAAGUCAAAAAGCAGUUUGAAUGGAUAGCCGCACAGCCGAACAAAAGUCACGUCAGGUUCAAAAAGAUGGUUCCAGAUGGUUGCCUUGUCGCGACCCAGUGGAGUAGGGGUAAGACAUACGUUGGGGUUGACUUUGACAUCGCCCCCAAUGGCAAGCGCAUUGCGCCUUCCCUGGUAUCACCAGCUUUUAGCGAAGGUUACCGGGUCGAUGGAUUGGCAAUCAUCUUGUCUACCGAGGAGGAGGUGCCUCGACGUCAGAGCUAUAGAGGUCCUUGGGAUUGUGCCAAUCUUCCGUGUGCUGUUGAUGUCAAUUUGAGUCUGGAUAGGUCUGUAUGGAAUGUUCUUAACAGUGACCUCGACUUCUUGGCUCUUCAUUCUUAA